AUGCAAGCUCCCGAUGGAAGCAGUCCGGGCGGACGCGCCGCGCUCCUCUGCCUUUCGACGGACUUGAAGCUCCAUCCUGCCAUCGUAGCAGCAGCGCUUGAGUACGCGUUUGACUACCAACAUAUUUUCCCUAGCGCCAGCCAGGCUCUUUGCUUCGGUAUUGUUCGUCAAGGGCACUGUGCCAACAUGCAGAUUCUGGAUGUCGCGCUGCAGAGGCUUACGAAGACCUUUGAAGGUCUCUUCGACACGCUGGCUGUGGAGCACAUCUCUGUGGGACAGUGGCCCGCGCAGCCCUCUGCUCAUGACCACAGACAGUCGCCGCACAGUGUGCAGGCUGCAUCAACGCCUGGCAACGCCAUGAGACGAUCUGUUGCCUCGUUCACGCCGAGCGCUCGCCUUAUUGCGUCCUGGCCGGUGCCUCAACAGAGGCGCUCGACUCUGUCGUCCAAGAUGCCAAGCUCUUCCACCAGUUCCCACAGUAGCAAUGCUCACGAUCUGUCGUCGGUGAUCGAUGCCACUAAGUUCAGAUGUAAUUAUGCAAGUAAGCAAUGCGUUUCCUUAUCGAUUUCGGCUGCAAGCCCAGUCUUGGCCAGUCUAAACCUCCGCACGUCUGCCGGCAGAGACGAAGUCUAUCGGAAGGCUGCAGAUUCCAUGUGCAUGUGA